AUGUCUGAUACGUUUUCUUACGAUGUUAAAACGACAAGGGAGGAGCCGUUAUUUGAAUUUGGUUCAUCUUACUCUCCUAGAGUUUCCUAUCACUUCAAUCCUAAAGUAUCUCAGUACCACUAUGGGGUUCGACAUCCUAUGAAGCCAUUCAGAUUAAUGCUAACAGACCACUUGGUGUCAUGGUAUGGGCUGCACAAAAUCAUGGAUUUGUAUGAGACGCGAGCGGCUUCAGAGGAGGAGUUGUUGAAGUUCCAUGCACAAGACUAUAUUAACUUUCUGGCUCAUGUUACACCUGAUAACAUCAACAAGUUGCCCAGAGGCUCCCUGGAGAAGUUCAAUAUUGGGGAUGAUUGUCCUAUUUUUCAAGGACUGUUUGAUUAUAGUAUGUUGUAUGCUGGGGCCUCGUUAGAUGCAUCUCGGAAGCUGAUAAACCAGCAGUCCGAGAUCGCGGUUAACUGGUCUGGAGGACUUCACCAUGCGAAGAAGAGUAAUCCAUCUGGGUUUUGCUAUGUAAACGAUAUUGUGCUGGCGAUUAUCAACCUUUUACGGUACCACCCUCGGGUCCUGUAUAUUGAUAUUGACUUGCAUCAUGGUGAUGGGGUGCAAGAGGCGUUCUACACAACAGAUAGAGUGUUUACGGUAUCGUUUCAUAAGUACAACGGCGAGUUCUUUCCUGGCACUGGAGACCUGGAUGAAAUAGGGUGUUCUAGAGGAAAGCACUUUUCUCUGAACGUACCAUUACAGGAUGGGAUAGACGAUGACUCUUACAUUAGCUUAUUCAAAAGCAUUAUGACACCACUUAUAACAAGCUACAAACCAACGGUGAUAGUUCAGCAGUGUGGGGCUGAUUCCCUUGGCCAUGACAGAUUGGGGUGUUUUAACUUAAAUAUUCGAGCUCAUGGAGAGUGUGUCAAAUAUGUACGUUCAUUUGGUAUUCCGAUGCUUUGCCUAGGUGGUGGUGGCUACACACCUAGAAAUGUGUCCCGUUUGUGGACUUAUGAAACUGGUAUCCUCAACGAUGUUAUUCUUCCCUCUGAUAUCCCAGAAAGUGUUCCAUUCAGGAAUUGGUUCGGUCCAGAUUACUCUUUGCAUCCUAUUUUAGAUGACCUGUAUGAGAACAAAAAUUCGAAAAAGUACCUCGAGAACAUUAGAAUUAAAUGUCUAGAGAACCUUAAGUACCUACAGGGUGCACCUAGCGUUAGGAUGGAUGCGGAACUAAUACCAACCCAGGAUUUGACAGGUUUGACCGAAGAAGAAGACGAGUUAAUACGAGAACUGAAUGAAGAUGAUGAACACGCUAGAUUGCAACAAAUAGAAAAAGAUAACUUUAAGCGUGGGGAAGUAAUGUAA